CUUCACACACCUCUCACUAUUUGACUUCUAGUCUUCAAUUCUUUUCUUUCUAUCAAAUCUUUUAAUAUUGUGGUAAAGAUGAGAGGUGGCCAAUUGGUAUGGCCAUUGCUACUAUUAUCUUUAGCAACCAUAGUAAUGGCCGUCGCUAAUUCAAAGCCGGAGUCCUUAAAUCUGGACACCGGAGGGCUAAGCAGAGACAAGUUUCCCAAAGGUUUUGUGUUCGGAGUGGCAACCUCUGCUUAUCAAGUUGAAGGAAUGGCCGAUAAAGAUGGCCGUGGCCCCAGCAUUUGGGAUGCCUUUGUCAAAAUUCCCGGGGUCGUCGCCAAUAAUGCUACUGGCGAGGUUUCAGUGGACCAAUAUCACCGUUACAAGGAAGAUAUUGACAUCAUGCAAAAAUUCAACUUUGAUGCUUACAGAUUCUCAAUUUCUUGGUCCAGAAUUUUCCCAUAUGGAACUGGGAAAGUGAAUUGGAAAGGUGUUGCAUACUACAACAGGUUGAUUGACUACAUGCUCGAAAGAGGCAUUACACCAUAUGCAAAUCUUUAUCACUAUGAUCUCCCUCUGGCUCUUGAGAAGAAGUACACCGGACUAUUGAAUCGCCAAGUAGUGAAAGACUUUGCGGAUUAUGCAGAAUUUUGUUUCAAGACAUUUGGGGAUAGAGUAAAGAACUGGAUGACAUUCAAUGAGCCAAGAGUGAUUGCUGCUCUUGGUUAUGAUAACGGCUUCUUUGCGCCUGCUAGAUGUUCCAAACCAUUCGGAAAUUGUACAGCUGGGAAUUCUGCAACUGAACCUUACAUUGCUGCACAUAAUCUGAUUCUGUCUCAUGCAGCUGCAGUUCAGAGAUACCGCCAAAAGUAUCAAGAUAAACAAAAGGGAAGAAUUGGUAUUCUGUUAGAUUUUGUUUGGUAUGAACCCCUUACCAGAUCUAAAGCUGACAAUUAUGCUGCUCAACGAGCUCGGGACUUUCAUGUUGGAUGGUUCAUUCAUCCGAUUGUGUAUGGAGAGUACCCGAAGACGAUGCAAAACAUUGUGGGUAAAAGGCUACCUAAAUUCACAAAAGAAGAGAUCAAGAUGGUGAAGGGUUCUAUUGAUUUUGUGGGUAUCAACCAAUACACCACUUACUACAUGUAUGCUCCACAUCACUCGAAACCAAAGUACUUGGGCUACCAGCAAGACUGGAAUGCUGGAUUUGCUUAUGAAAAGAACGGGGUGCCCAUCGGUCCAAAGGCUAAUUCUUAUUGGCUUUACAAUGUACCAUGGGGUAUGUACAAGUCCUUAAUGUACAUUAAAGAGCACUACGGAAACCCGACUGUCAUAUUAUCUGAAAAUGGCAUGGAUGACCCUGGGAAUGUGACACUUCCGAAGGGAUUGCAUGAUACGAAUAGGAUAAACUACUAUAAAGGGUAUAUAACUCAACUAAAGAAGGCCGUUGAUGAUGGAGCUAAUGUGGUUGGCUAUUUUGCUUGGUCGUUGCUCGACAACUUUGAAUGGCGAUUAGGCUACACUUCAAGGUUCGGUAUGGUCUAUGUCGACUUCUCCAACCUUAAGAGGUACCCAAAAAUGUCUGCCUACUGGUUCAAACAAAUGCUCCAGCGGAACAACCAUUAAUCAGCCAACUUCAGCAUUAGUUCCUAGUUGCACCCCAACGGUUCAACCAAUCAAUUAAAUAAAAGUGGAGAAUGUAUUCUGUAGUUGUUUGUGUUCCUGUUAUGUCUGGUUGCUCAAUCAACUUAUUGCUCUCUCUUUUCUGGUUACCUCUGUUUCAGGACCUCUACCUCUAAGGAAUAAUCUAUAGAAAAUGGACAAGUACUUCAUAAAUUGAGUAAUAUUAAUGCUAGCUAGUUGUCUCAAA